AUGGCUACUUCCGGCGCCUCAUCGUCUACUAGGAACCCACCGCUGAGGAAUCUUCAGACUCGAUUAAAGGCGAUGCUGGAGAUGUUCAAAGCACUAACCAUUUUCUCGAAUACUUUGGGGGAGGUAACAUCGAUUCAACAAAUCCAGGUGAGGUUGGAAAAGCUGAAUGAUUUGUGGGACAAGGUCAACGAUGCUAUCAUGGAUGUAGAAAUGCAUGAUGAGUAUUCGGCAAAGGAAGGCACAUGUCCAAGCAUUAGGUUGGACUUCACCACACGCUUCUACGAUGCUAAGGCGAGCAUGUUAGACCGGAUCAAGGAGUUAGAAGGCAACGCAGCGAACACCAGUGUUCUGCAGUCCACCCGCAUCAUGGAUUCAUCCAUUCAGCCAGUAACGGAACACGUGAGGUUGCCCCAAAUUAGGCUGCAGACGUUCGACGGCAACAUAGAUCAGUGGUUAAGUUUCCGGGAUCUUUUACUGUCGCUGAUCCAUUCCAAGGUGGACUUACCGGAUGUUGAAAAAUUCCAUUAUCUGAAGGGAUGCCUAGCCGGAGAAGCCAGAGCUCUCAUCGACCCUUUGGCAUUGACAAGGGCCAACUACACCAUCGCCUGGGAAACACUGAUGACGAGAUACAACGAUAGUAAGGUCUUAAAACGCAGACAAGUGGCAAACCUAUUCAAACUCCCAAAGGUUAUGAAGGAAUCGUCAUCGGAAAUUCAGGUAUUACUGGAAGGCUUCGAGCGAGUGGUGCAAACUUUGGAUCAAUUGGUGAAGGCCGAGGAUUACAAGGAUCUGUUGCUGUUGGAGAUAUUGUGCGCUAGGCUGGAUCCCGUAACUCGUCGUGCGUGGGAGGAACACAGCGCGCUGCAGACCCAGGAUACUGUUAAAGAUCUCACCCAAUUUCUACAAACGCGAGUCAAAAUCCUUGCCUCACUACCAUCGAAGACUCAGGAUACGAAGCUGGAACCCUCACAACCUCUUAAAAAGAACUUCGCCUCUAAAACAAGCUACAGCGCAGCUCAGGUGUCAUCUGUAACGUGUAUUGCUUGCCCAGAGUCUCAUCUGCUUUACACGUGUCCGACGUUUUUAAGGUUGAGUCCAUCCCCUCGCGAUAAACUAUUGAGGCAGCAUUCUCUAUGCAGAAAUUGUUUCCGACGUGGUCAUCAAGCUACAGAAUGCAGAUCCAUGCAAGUGUGUCGUAAAUGCAGAGGAAAGCACCACACUUUAGUGUGCUUCAGAGAAGAUGAAGGAGUAUAUCGGAACCCUCGAAUAGCAACACCCCCCAGAAGAGGUCAACAGUCAUCUCAGCCAACAGAUACAUCAGCAGGAACAAUCUCGUCAAAUGUUGCCAGGAACCACUCAUCGACGAUAAUCCUCGCCACAGCAGUCGUUUUGGUUGAAGACGACACAGGAAAGGCUUUCCACGCAAGGGCUUUACUAGACUCCGGAUCAGAAAGCAACUUCAUGACAGAGAGGCUCUGUCAGCGGAUGAAGAUCUCCCGAAGGCGUUCCAAUAUCUCGGUGCUUGGGAUCGGCAACGCAAACACAAAUGUGAAGUACCAGAUUUCAGCAGUUGUCAGGUCACGCACAACUAGUUUCGUAAAAAAUAUGGAGUUUCUACUUCUACCAACAGUUACCGCAGAUCUGCCUACUACCAGGGGUGUCAUUUGCUCACACAAUGAGCUCAAUGUGCAUUUUUUCCAUAGCACAUUGAGAGAGCAAAACCGAGCACUACCUGAGCUAGCUGUCCAUCAAUGUGCCACAUCGAAGCAAAUCACUGAGCUACGCAGCGGUAGCCCUCAGCUCAUUGAGCAGCACAAUGUGUACCAGUAUACCACCACAACGCUGAAUUCAACAAACGAAAACGAAUUCUUUCCCAAUAAACAAGCAACAGCAACAACACAGCUGAAAUUUGGGCGAGCUCGGCCUGCCGGCUGCCGAACACCGUUGCCACAAAAAAAUCUGUAUCAUAAAUUAGUCUGA